UCAGUAACCAACCAAUCAACAUACUCGGAUCCGAGCCGAAUUGCUAAGCUAACAACAUAGCUGUUAUCUUCAAUUUAACAGCAGUCCAAACGUAUACAGUAUCACCAAAGAUACGCGACUUAGUACUUCUUUGGUUUUCCCAAACCAGGGCUUUGCAAGGCCGUCCCAGUUCAUCACAACCAACGUUACACGUAGAGCAUUUUUUUUACUCGGAACUAGUCGGCGGGUCCCAUUGAAGCUCCUUCGGAAAUCCUGAAAAGGGUAACUCUGGAAAAGCAAACGAAAUCUCACAAAUAACCGACAACCUCUUUUAUCUCCCAAAGGAACCGAGUCUUAAAAAUGAGAGGUUCUUACGGAGACCGAGAUCGAGACCGUGGUCGUGACAGGGGAAGCCCUCGUUUCGGGUCCAGCAGAGGCUCAUCUUCGAUUAAAAAAUUCGGCAGUCCUGGCGACCGUUUGCGGAAGAAAAGAUGGGAUCUGGAUGAACUCCCCAAAUUCGACAAGAACUUUUACAACGAGCAUCCGGAAGUACAACGCAUGGAUCAGUAUGACAUCGAGGAGUACAGAAGGAAGAAAGAAAUAACCAUUCGGGGUUCAGGCUGCCCAAAGCCGGUCACCGGAUUCCAUCAAGCAAAGUUUCCUCAAUAUGUAAUGGAUGUCUUGACGCAGCAAAAUUUCAAGGAGCCAACAGCCAUUCAGGCCCAAGGAUUCCCUUUAGCCCUCAGUGGGAGAGACAUGGUGGGAAUUGCACAGACUGGCUCAGGGAAGACUCUGUCGUAUCUGCUGCCAGCCAUUGUGCACAUCAACCAUCAGCCCUAUCUGGAGCGUGGAGAUGGGCCCAUUUGCUUGGUUCUGGCGCCCACAAGAGAACUGGCACAGCAGGUCCAGCAGGUGGCGUCCGACUAUGGGAAAUCAUCUCGCAUUAAAACCACUUGUGUGUAUGGGGGUGCUCCCAAAGGACCCCAGAUCCGAGAUCUGGAGAGAGGGGUUGAAAUUUGCAUCGCCACUCCAGGUCGUCUGAUUGACUUUCUUGAGGCAGGCAAGACCAACCUGCGGCGUUGCACAUAUUUAGUCCUCGAUGAAGCUGACCGCAUGCUGGACAUGGGAUUCGAACCUCAGAUUCGCAAAAUUGUGGACCAGAUCAGGCCCGAUAGACAGACGCUGAUGUGGAGCGCCACCUGGCCAAAAGAGGUGCGUCAACUGGCUGAAGACUUCCUCAAAGACUACGUGCAGAUCAAUGUGGGCGCACUGGAGUUGAGCGCGAACCACAACAUCCUUCAGAUCGUUGAUGUGUGCAUGGAUAGCGAAAAGGACAACAAGUUGAUACAGCUGAUGGAAGAGAUUAUGGCUGAGAAAGAGAACAAGACUAUCAUCUUUGUUGAGACCAAGAAGCGGUGUGAUGACCUCACGCGCAGGAUGCGGCGUGAUGGGUGGCCAGCAAUGUGCAUUCACGGUGACAAGAGCCAGCCAGAGAGAGACUGGGUGUUGACUGAGUUCCGCAGUGGCAAAGCUCCAAUCCUCAUCGCUACCGACGUGGCUUCCCGUGGUUUGGACGUGGAGGAUGUGAAGUUUGUCAUCAACUACGACUACCCCAAUUCCUCGGAAGACUACAUCCACCGGAUCGGACGCACGGCCCGCAGCAACAACAAAGGCACCGCGUAUACUUUCUUUACCCCGGGUAACCUCCGCCAGGCUCGUGAUCUGAUCCGGGUUCUGGAGGAGGCCAGACAGGCCAUCAACCCCAAACUGCUGCAGCUGGUGGACACCGGACGCGGGGGAGGUGGAGGUGGCCGCCCCCGCUUCCGAGGCGGCUCCACUUCCAACAAUCCCAACCUGAUGUACCAAGACGAGUGUGACCGGCGAAUGCGCUCGGUUGGCGGCGGCGGCAGUAGUGCCAAAGAUGGCCGCGGGAGCAGCAGCCGUGACGCACGUGACGGCCGUGAUUCCCGCGACGCUCGUGACAGUCGAGGCUCGAGCAGCCGAGAUGGAGACCGCCUCUCCUCCUCGUCCUCGUCGUCGUCUUACAAGGAUCGCAGCAGCAGGAAUGGAGGUCACAGCUAUGGUUCCAACUCCAGCUCAUACCAAAGGGGCAGUAGUAACAGCAGCAGUAGUAGUACGAGCCACUACGACGGUCCCAGGGGGGGCUCCUCAGCCGUGGGAGGUGAAGCGCUGCCAGUCCCACCCCCCUCGUCAGGCCCCCAGCCUCUAAUGGGCCAACAGUUCAACCCCCUACAGCCCGCAGUCGGCCUGAUGGCGCACUCGACCUUCCAGUUUCCUCAGCCUGCGCCACCACCGCCUCCGCCUGGUACGAUUUAGACCACACCCACUCACACGUGAUCAUGAGCCCGCCACUUAACCCGCUGAUUUAAUUGGGGUACAAGGAGACCCAAAAGGGCUGCUCCGAAAAACUUGGCUUGAAAAACAAAGCAAUGUGUGGGGUUUUUUUUUUUUUUUGGAAAACUUGC